ACCAACACUCUUGUUCUCAAAACGAAGUGUGGACAGACGUAUCGCGUACCCUUCAUAAGUACCAUUGCUACACCACGCCCCGAUCCUCCUGCCCCGGAGCCUUCCGUCCCCACACCAUCUCCUUCUAUCACUGUUACCUCGCCUCGGCAGUUCGCCCACUUCAUCCAACAGGACGACGGCACCCUCUUUAUGGUGAACGUGACGGAUAUUUUACACUAUGAUCCACCCUGUCUCGACGCCGAGCUCAUCCCUCUGGAGCCAGAUCCUGUUUCUAUCUCCAUGGCUCCCAUCUCUACUUCCGUCCCUCCGCCGUCCGUCGAGUCCACCCCGCCGUCGCGCGCUGACGCUGACGCUGAGGAACUCGCACGAUAUACGGCCAACCUGGAGCCCGCAGUUCGUGACCUCGUUCGAGAGUACCACGAUGUUUUCCCAUCGUCGUUCUCGUACACCGGCAUCCCAUCGAUGCGUGACGCCGAGCACUCCAUCCAACUUGUGCCUGGCUAUCGUGGUCACCACCAGGCACUCUACAGACUCUCGAUCCCCGAGGCCACCGAACUCGAGCAUCAGCUUGAGGAGCUCCUGAGACUGGGUUUCAUUAAACCCAGUAACUCCCCGUGGGGUGCACCCGUCCUCUUUGCUCGCAAAGCGGAUGGAACUCUCAGUCUCUGCAUCGACUAUCGCGGUCUCAACCGCUACACGGUUAAGAACAGCUACCCCAUGCCUCGUUCCGAUGAGCUGUUCGACCGCCUAGCAGGCAACCGCUUCUUUACGAAGAUUGAUCUUCGUAGCGGUUACUAUAAGAUCCGCGUCGCUGCUGCGGACCAGCCGAAGACAGCGUUCGGAUCGUGCUUCGGCCACUACGAGUUUACGGUGAUGCCAUUCAGCCUUACCAAUGCACCCGCUACCUUGCAGAGGGCGAUGAACGACAUCUUCAGGAACAUCCUAAAGUAGUACGGUCUGUACGAGUUUGUGGUGAUGCCUUUUGGCCUGUGCAAUGCUCCUGACACCUUUCAGCACGCAAUGAACCGGAUAUUCCAUGACUACUUAGAUAAGUUUGUGGUCGUGUACCUUGACGACAUUCUUAUCUUCAGUAGGACCGUCGAGGAGCACGCAGCACACGUGGACAAAGUCCUAAGUCUCCUACGACAACAUCAGUACAAGAUCAACCGGGAGAAAUGCGAAUUUGGUCGCACCCGGAUCUUGUAUCUGGGUCAUGAAAUUUCUGCAGAAGGGUUAAAGGCCGAUGACGCGAAGGUGGCAAGCAUUCGUGACUGGCCACGUCCUCAGUCCAUAAUUGAGGCGAGGUCCUUCUUGGGUAUGACGGGCUACUACCGGAAUUUUGUGAAGAAUUACAGUAUAGUGGCCUCGCCCUUGUCAAAUCUCACACGCCUUGACACGCUAUGGGAGUGGACGAACGCUUGUGAGGCUGCUUUUAGGCAACUGAAGUAUGCUCUCACUCAUCAUGAGGUCCUCAAACUACCCGAUCCUGACAAGCCGUUCAUUGUAACUACGGAUGCCAGUCAGUUUGGCAUAGGUGCCGUCCUCGCGCAGCAGGAGGGGAAAAAGUUAAGGCAUGUAGAGUACAUGUCCAAAAAGAUGCCCUCUCAGAAGUUAGCUAAGUCCACUUAUGAGAAGGAGCUGUACGCGAUUUACAAGCCGCUGACCCACUGGAGGCACUACCUCCUAGGGCGAUUCUUCUUCGUCAGGACUGAUCAUCAGACCUUGAGGUGGAUGAGGACGCACCCUGUGCUCUCUGAUGCUUUGAAGCGGUGGAUCGAAGUCAUAGACCAGUAUGACUCUGAGUCACAGUACAUAAAGGGGGAGUACAAUCGGGUGGCUGAUGCACUAUCGCGGCCUGUGCUCUCUGAUGCUUUGAAGCGGUGGAUCGAAGUCAUAGACCAAUAUGACUUUGAGCGACACCAUCAAGGGGGAGUACAAUCGGAUGGCUGAUGCACUAUCGCGUAGGCCGGAUUAUCUAGGGGCGCUGAUUACUGAGUUCGGGCUCGAGGACAGUGUUACUCAGUCUUUGGUGGAAGCCUAUUGAGAGGAUCCGUUUAUGUCUGAGAUCA